AUGGCUUCCGAAAAGAGUUUCCUCCUCGCCACCGUCACUCUUCUCCUCGUCCUCAACAUCUCCGGCAGAACGCUCCCUACCAACAUAAAGGCGAGACUUACCGGAGGAGGUCUGAUGCAGUGUUGGGAUGCUCUCUACGAGCUCAAGUCUUGCACCAGCGAGAUCGUUCUCUUCUUCCUUAACGGCGAGACCAAUCUCGGCUCCGGUUGCUGCAACGCCGUCGAAGUUAUCACCACAGAUUGUUGGCCGGCGAUGCUUACAUCUAUUGGCUUUACAUCUGAGGAAACCAAUGUCCUUCGCGGUUUCUGUCAGUCCCCUAAUUCCGGUGGUUCUUCUUCUCCGGCGCCUUCUCCUGUGAUAGUUUGA